UCUGUGACCAUCAUCGUCGUGUAUCAUCGUCUUUUAUCUGUCCGGCAAAUUCUGCCGGCAAGCUAUCGCUCUGACGCGUGCUCUAUCAAGGUAUAAGUAUAGGAUAACAACUUCAAUUAUUUCAUUAGUUAUAUACGUUACGCGGCGGAGGAAACAACAGUCUUCACUAUGCUGCGUCACGGAUUUCUACUAUUUCUUCUGUCACUGGCGUUCACGCAGUUCUUUGUUCUCAGCGAUGCGGCACGAAUACCACGAACGCCAGACGCAGCAGCCACCAAGAAAUGCGGUUACGAGGCGUGUCAUGCCGUGGAUCCGAAAAAACUUAAUAUUCACAUGGUUCCACAUACUCACGAUGAUGUCGGCUGGUUGAAGACUGUGGAUCAGUAUUAUUUUGGAAGUCGUUCUACCAUUCAAAAGGCUGGCGUGCAGUAUAUUCUUGACAGUGUUAUUAAAUCAUUAUUAGCUGAUCCAACUAGAAGAUUUAUUUAUGUGGAAACUGCUUUCUUCUGGAAAUGGUGGUUACGGCAAGACGAACAGGUACGUGCUGACGUCAAAAUGUUAAUCAAUGAAGGACGAUUGGAAUUCAUCGGAGGUGCAUGGAGCAUGAAUGACGAGGCUUGUACUCACUAUCAUUCAUUAGUGGAUCAAUUCACAUGGGGAUUCAGACGACUCAACGACACAUUCGGAAGCUGUGGCAGACCACACAUAGGAUGGCAGAUAGAUCCAUUUGGCCAUUCCAGGGAACAGGCUUCUUUAUUCGCACAAAUGGGAUUUGAUGGAAUGCUAUUUGGUCGUAUAGAUUAUCAGGAUAAAAGCAAGAGAUUACAAGAUCAAACGAUGGAAUUUAUUUGGAAGAGCAGCCCGAAUUUAGGCAAACGAGCGAAUUUGUUUACAACCGCAAUGUACAACACUUACAGUCCACCACCAGGAUUUUGUUUCGAUGUUUUAUGUGCCGACGAACCAAUGGUCGAUGAUCCUGAUAGCCCGGACCACAACAUCGAUAGAAGAGUGGAGUUGUUCCUGACGUACGCACAGAUUCAGGCACGUGCCUAUAGAACUAAUCAUAUUAUUCUUACCAUGGGGGAUGAUUUUCAUUAUCAACAGGCUGACAUGGUGUUCGGUAAUUUAGACAAAUUAAUCAGAUACACAAAUCAACGCAAUGGUUCUACAGUAAAUGUAAUUUACUCGACACCUUCAUGCUACUUGAAAGCUUUGAACGACUUGAAUCUUCAGUGGCCCACCAAAAGCGAUGAUUUCUUCCCAUAUGCGAGCGAUCCUCACUCUUAUUGGACUGGCUAUUUCUCCUCAAGACCAACUGUGAAAUAUUUCGAGCGCGAAGGAAAUAAUUUGCUGCAGGCAAGCAAACAACUCGUUACUUUGACGAACUUGAAGAAUUACGACAAGGAAUUAGAGCAUUUUCGUGAAGCGAUGGGAGUGAUGCAGCAUCAUGACGCUGUUACCGGCACUGAAAAGCAAUUAGUUGCGAAUGAUUAUUCUCGUAUAUUGCAUGAGAGUAUGGCUCACGCCGAAGAAAUAAUUUCAAAAGCCAUAGCGAAAUGGUCAGGAAUGACGAAUAACACGGCAGCAUCCUUUAAAAUCUUCACAUGUUUGGAAUUGAAUAUUAGCUCCUGUGCGUUUUCCGAAAAGAGUGACUUGUUUACAGUUGUAUUGUACAAUCCACUAAGUAGGCCUGUUUCUAUUCAUGUUCGUGUGCCCGUUCAAGGAAAUUCUUAUAUCGUUCGAUCAUUAACUGAUGGAGUGUAUCCAACCGCACAAAUAAUACCGGUCCCUGAAGCAGUUCAGAGAAUCCCAGGAAGAAAGAGCAAUGCGAAAAAUGAAGUUGUCUUCCGUAGUUCAAACAUUCCUCCUCUCGGUAUGCUAGCUUAUGCCAUAGCUAAAACGACGCAAGAAAAUGUAAUUGAACAACCUCAACCAGUCGAUUUCAUAAGUAGCGAGCUGUAUAACAUAACCGUUAACAGCAACGGUAACUUGGAAAUACGCUGGAAUAAACAGGACAUAAAUGUCGAACAAUCUUUCCAUUAUUACAUAGGAGCGGAGGGUAACAACGAAGUCUUCGUUAAUAGGUCAUCCGGCGCCUAUAUUUUCAGACCCAAAGAAACAUCACCUAGAAAUUUUGCAUAUGCAGGAUCGUAUAAAGUAUACAAAGGUCCUGUUGUACAAGAACUUCAUCAUACGAUAAACGAAUGGAUUAGUCAAGUAGUUCGAAUUUAUCCAGAGGAAGAGCACAUCGAAUUCGACUGGCUCGUUGGACCGAUACCUGUCAAGGAUAAGAUUGGCAAAGAGAUAAUCACUCAGUACUCAAGUAAUCUGAAAACAAGCAGAACAUUUUACACAGAUAGCAACGGAAGAGAGAUGUUAAAACGUGUAAGAAAUUAUCGACCAACGUGGGACUUACAAUUGGAGGAGCCAAUAUCUGGAAAUUAUUAUCCGGUGACCAGUAAAAUUACACUGAAGGAUGAAACGAAGCAAUUAAAGUUAAAUGUUCUGACCGAUCGUGCCCAAGGUGGAAGCAGUUUGCAUGACGGUACUAUUGAACUAAUGCUUCAUCGAAGACUUUUGAAAGACGAUGCAUUUGGUGUGGGCGAAGCGUUAAAUGAAACUGCUUUCGGCGAAGGUUUGGUAGUGAGAGGAACGCAUUAUCUCUUCGGAGGUAAAAUAAAGAAUACGAAUGAAUUUGUAUUGAAGGAAAAGGAAUUGGCGCUUAAGUUGGCCCUGCAUCCCUGGAUCUUAGGUGCUCCCAUUAAUUUGAGCAAUCUCGAAAAUGUAUGUGCUCUAUUUAAAAACUUUACUUCCGGUCUCAAUAAAACGCUACCGCCGAAUGUGCAUAUUCUUACUUUAGAACCAUGGAAAGAUGAUACAAUUUUAUUAAGAUUGGAACAUCUCUUUGAAGUUGGCGAGGCGCAGCAAUUGUCUCAACCAGUAGAAGUUAAUAUUAAAGAUUUGUUCUCGACAUUUUCUAUCGUUUCAAUCAAUGAAACCACGUUAGGCGCUAAUCAAUUAUUGAAUGAAAAUAAACCUAUGAAAUGGGAAGCAGAGACAAAUGAUAUUAUGCAGAAUCAAGAAGAUGACAGCAGACAAAUCGUGGAAGUUCAUGACGAAGUAAUUAAUGUUCUUUUGAAACCAAUGGAAAUACGAACAUUCAUCCUCAAAGUUAAGCGAAUAUCUCUUUAAUACUUAAACGAAAAUAUUUCAUUUUUAUAAGAAACGACUUUAUUGUUAUAAAAAUAAAGUUACUUUAUAAUAAAAAUCAUGUUAUUUUGUACUCUUCUUAUCAUAAGAAGACUGACUGAAUUGAAAUUGCUGAAAUGUAUAUUAAAAAGAAUAAAAAAAUAUCUAAUUUGAUACA